AACAAGCUACAGCUCGUUAAAGAAAGCAAGUUCUGAGAAAGAUUAUUCAUACGAUCAUGGAAUGUGGAUGGACACCCAUAGAAUCACCGAAGUCCCUGGGAAAACUGCCAGAAUUCAACAAUAAAGUUGCUUGCUACAAUCUCAAUGAAGCUCUUCCUUCAGGAGCGAAUGCCAAAGAGUUCCUUGUCUAUGCAUUCAUUACAUCUAUGGGAGAAGGAGACGAGUUCCAGCGAGGGUACUAUGAAAUCUCUUGCAAGGCUAAUGAUGGAAAAGAUCUUGUACAGUACAUGAAUGUCGCCACUGGACCAAGCGUCAGUGUUGUCAACUCCGUCAACCUGUGGUUCCCAAUCCCAAAUGAUGCACAGUUGAGAAUAAAGUUGUAUCAUUCUAAGUGCGACGAACAGAAGAAGACAAGCAUUGCAGGAACACUCGCAGGCCAGGAUUGGAGCGAUGUAUUCGUUGUUGGCUAUAGAUAAUAGUUGUACUUUUCUUGUGUGGAACACUAAGACUCUUGUUCUGUCAUUUAGUUUUUAUAGGAUGUAGAAACUUUUACUAGCUUUCGAAAACGAUCUGACGUAGAGUAACACCACAGAAUAUGUAAGUUUCCAUUAUUGAUUAAAAUAAUGUCAAACUAUUUUAAAA